CAUAUUAUUAUUAUUAUUAUUAAUACGAUCACAUACAUAUAUAAACAUAAGUAUGCUUUCCACUGCUUAUCGCCGUCCUAAAGUCACGUGGUCUUUUUUUUUUCUAAUAAGGCCACCCAAAACAAACACACACACCCACACACAGGCGCACUUGAGCCCGGUGGCAGGCAGGGGAGGAGGAGGAAGGCGGAUCUGUAAAGUCGACUCUGCAGGACUUCCUCGCUACAGCCGAGCAGACCGUGGAGCGCAAUCAUGGAGGACUCUGCCCCCCGUCGUAGUCGCGCUGCGUUUGCGGGGCUGGUGGGAGUGUCCCAGGUGCUGGGUUUGGCAUCGGUGGUGCUAACCGGUGUGUGGAUGGGUCACUUCCGUGGAGGUUUUGCCUGGAAUGGCUCAAAGCAGGAGUUUAACAUCCACCCUCUGUGUAUGGUGCUGGGCCUGGUCUUUCUGCAAGGAGAUGCCAUCCUGGUCUACAGAGUGUUUCACAAUGAGCCGAAGAAGAACGUAAAGCUGCUUCACGGCAUUAUUCACCUGCUCGCUCUCAUCAUGAGUAUUGUAGGUUUUGUGGCUGUGUUUGACUACCACAGGGCAGCCAAGAUUCCUGACAUGUACUCUCUACACAGCUGGUGCGGUAUGACUACCCUAAUCCUGUUCUGCUUACAGUGGGUGAUGGGUUUGAUGUUCUUCCUGUUUCCUGUUGCGUCGGCAUGGUUACGAGCCUCAUACUUGCCUGUCCACGUGUUCUGUGGCCUGGCUCUGCUGGUAAUGUCCGUAGGGACCAGCCUGCUGGGCAUCACGGAGACGCUCCUCUUCAACAUCAUGCCGACCUACUCUAAGUUCACCCCAGAGGGAGUGCUGGCCAACGUCUUGGGUAUCCUGUUGGUGUGCUUUGGAUUGGUGCUGGGACACCUGAUGACGAGGGAGGAGUACAGACGCCCACCAAACCCAGAGGAAGAAGCUCUGUCCGUCCAUUUCAAGACACUGACUGACGGGGGAUCACCAACCACGCCUUAAUCUCACUCUGAAGCCUGACGCCUCUCUGUGAUCUACAUCUACAGAGCCAACAGACCACCUGUGCUACCAGUCUCUGUUAGUACCUGCAUACCUGUCAGAAAAUGAGUUCAGCUUUAGGUUCAGUGAAGUAAGAACAGAAAUCUGUAAUAACUGUCCUUCUCAUGUUACCAGCUCUGUCAGCUUUGUCAUGAAAAACAUUUAUACAAACAUAGUUAAAAAUGUACUGUUUCACUACACAUUGUGAUAUGGAGCGUCAUGUUUGUGUAGUUGAAGGGCGCAGUUUAUAUUUUAUUGUUUCCUGUUGUGCAGUGUUCAUGGUUAGGUUGUGAUUCUCGUUUUGCUUAAAUGUGUCUUGGAUUCCUUCACUUGUGUUUUAUCAUUGUGUCUUAACUAUAUUAAAGAUGUAGCAUCAGCCGA